CCCCAUUAUCUCGAAUAUUCGAGGUUCUACCAUGCUGGUUUUGCAGAACGACCUAUGGUUUCACUAGAAGAGAAGGUACAAAAGACCUAAAAACUUAAGGAGAAAAUGACUACACCGAUGAUUUUUGAGCCAGAAAACUCAUCGUAUUCCUUCGAUGCGAUUGACAGUUAUGAGGAAAUAGUAAGUGUCAAUGCAUCAACCUCAAUCAAUACCAGAGAGUUCGGAGCGUGGCAUCUCAUUUUACCAUACAGCAUCAUUUUUAUACUUGCUGUCACUGGAAAUGUCCUGGUCAUACUCACUCUUUUAGUAAAUAAAAGAAUGAGAACUGUGACUAAUGUAUUCCUGUUCAACCUGGCCAUAAGUGAUUUUUUACUUGGAGUGUUCUGCAUGCCGUUUACAUUAACCGGAGUUCUGUACAGAGAGUUCUUGUUCGGAAGCGCUUUGUGCAAAUUAAUUCCCUACUUUCAAGCGGUUAGUGUCAGCGUCAGUGCUUGGACUUUAGUCUCAAUGUCAGUAGAGCGAUACUUCGCAAUAUGCCACCCGUUAAAAUCAAGGAAAUGGCAGACAUUGUCGCAUGCAUACAAAAUGAUUGCCUUGGUUUGGAUUGGCUCGUUAUUGUUUAUGCUACCUAUUCUUAUUCUAAGCACACUUCAAGAAAUAAAAGGAACAAGUAAACAAAAGUGCAGAGAAAGCUGGCCAAGUUUAACAGCGGAAAAAAGCUUCACUAUCUUCUUGGAUAUUUUUCUCCUUAUCCUUCCUCUCGUACUUAUGAGCGUCACUUAUUCUCUUAUUAUAAGAACUCUGUGGCAAGCUAUGGUAAUAUCAACAGAAGAAUCUGAAAACUCAAGACAUAAAGUUCGCUACUGUUGGAAUACAUCACCUAACCUUAACCGGCACAAUGCUUCUUCUACUGCUUCAACCUUUACCUCUACCAUAACAUCUGCCACCUCCGGAACGAUGUCUAUGUCUGGAGCACCUGCUAUUCGCAAAAACAACAGCGAGCGUGGAAUUAUUCAGAAAAAACGCAUUAUCCAGAUGUUGUUUGUUGUUGUUCUGGAAUUUUUUAUAUGCUGGAGUCCAUUGUACGCCAUCAACACAAUAUCUCUGUUCGAUCCAAAUAUUGUAUAUACAAAUAUUGGAUAUAGCGGCAUAUCCUUCUUUCAGCUGUUAGCAUAUACUUCAUCCUGCUGUAAUCCAGUUACGUACUGUUUCAUGAACAGCCGAUUUAGAGAAAGCUUUUUCAAACUUUUCCCUUGUGGUUGCCGAAAAAGGAGAUAGAUUCUUAUUGAUUUAUUAAUAAAUGAAGAGUGAAUUUCCAAAUCGUUUAGACUUCAAUUAAGUAUCAAACAGCAAGUGCUUUCUUUUAAGAAACCAAAUAUGCUUAAAGGUGCGCUUGCAUAUUCUGUUACUAAAAAUGAUUUUUAAA